AUGUCGAAUGAGAAGAGAAUUAGACGCUUAGCAUCGGAGAUUUUAAACUGUGGGAAGAAUAAGCUUUGGCUGGACAACAACGAGAUUGAAAGACUCAACAGUGCAACUUCUCGAGAGCAGAUUAGGCAGCUUAUCAAGGACAACGUGAUUAUUAUGAAGCAAGACAAGCAUACCAGCAGAGGAAGGUUCCGAGAGAGGCUGAGAGCAAAAAGGAAGGGAAGGCAUAUGGGACCUGGAAAACGUUUCGGUACUACAAAUGCAAGGAUGCCAAAGAAGGAGCUAUGGAUGAAGAAGAUUCGUGCAAUGAGGAAGAUGCUAAAGGAGAUGAGAGCCAGCGGAGAGAUUACUAAGGAAGACUUCCGUGUGUUUUACAAGCAAGCAAAAGGGCAUUUGUUCAAGCAUAGGUUCCACAUGAAGGAUUGCAUUGUCAAGAGGAAAAUUGAAGAACAAAGGGCUAGAGAGCUUGCAGAACAGGCAGAGGCACUUAACUUGUCUAACAGAGCAGUUUCGUCUUGA